AUGUUCAGGUCCAGAACUCCACCAUCAUCCUCAAGAUCUCGAUCUUCUCGUAGUACGAGAUCCGCAAGAGGCUCCACCAAAAGUCGACGGGCUGGAAGUCGAGGAGGCUUUGCAGACCGCAUACGCCGUGCAGCGGAAUCAGGACCGACCCGCAAAUGGGUCAAAGUAAUGCGAUCUCCGGCUCCAAGGAUUCGAUUUCAAGUCACCAAAUGGAUUCCUAUUAAUGAGUUGACGGAAGAAGAGCGUAUUGAGUACGACAGGGAGCAAGCAGCGAUCCAAGAGGAAAAGCAAAAGCAACAAAUGCAGUUGCAGCAAGAGCAGCAGCAGCAGCCACAAGGGGACGAGCACCAGGACCAGAAGGAGAACGAAGUCAAAGAAGUAGCAUCCACUCCAGAGAGUUGUAAGAAUGGGGCUCCAUCAUUUGAGGCUAGAAAUGUGGACAGCAGCGUUACAAACCCCCAGCUCUCAGAGGAGCAAACUUCAGCGGAAAAAGGUGAGUUUCCACACUCGUCUACUGCGCCAGCUGACGAACCCCCCACCAAAAGAACAAAGUUCGACGAGCAAGUCCAAGUGGAAGAAUUCCCAUUGUUUUAA